UGGAAGUCAAACCUUACUACCCACCAGAGAACACACACAGGAAAGAAACCUUAUGAAUGUAACAUUUGUGGAAAGUCUUUCAACUGGAAGUCAGACCUCACUGUCCACCAGAGAACACACACAGGAGAGAAACCUUAUGAAUGCAACGUGUGUGGAAAGUCUUUUGUCAAGAAGGCAUACCUUACUGUCCACCAGAGAACACAUACUAGAGAGAAACCUUAUGAAUGUAACAUGUGUGGAAAGUGUUUCACCCAGAAAUCAAAGCUUACUCGCCACCAGAGGAUACACACAAAAGAGAAACCUUUUGAAUGUAACAUUUGCAGAAAGUCUUUCACUUGCAAGGAAUACCUUACUAGACACCAGAGAACACACACAGGAGAGAAAAUUUAUGAAUGUAACUUGUGUGGAAUGUCCUUCAUCUGGAAGUCAAGUCUCACUGUCCAUCAGAUAACACAUACAGGAAAGAAACCUUUUCAAUGUAACUUGUGUGGAAAGUCAUUCAUCUGGAAGUCAAACCUCACUGUCCACCAGAGAACACACACAGGAGAGAAACCCUAUGAGUGUAAUGUGUGUGGAAAUUCUUUCAUCCAGAAACCAAAGCAUGUUGUUCACCAGAGAACACACACAAAAGAGAAUCCUUUUGAAUGUAACAUUUGUGGAAAGUCUUUCACCUGCAAGGCAUAUCUUACUAGACACCAGAGAACACACACAGGAGAGAAACCUCAUGAAUGUAAUGUGUGUGGAAAGUCUUUCACCCAGAAAUCAAGGCUUACUAGACAUCAGAGAACACACUGGAGAGAAACCUCACGAAUGUAACAGGUGUGGAAAGUCUUU